AGAAAUGGCCGCAAAAUUGAAACACGCGACGUUUCAGAGCUCUCGUUCUUAAACUAAAAAAAUCGUAAAAACUGAUUUAAAAGGAUUUUAAUAAGAAAUUUAUAUAAAAAAGGAUUUUUUACUUCAACUUGUAAUUGAGGAUAAUAGUGUUGUUGUUUUGAAAACUGUAAAUUUCGUGUAAAUCUGAAUCCCUCAAAAGAAAGUUUAAACAAGUGAAUGAAUGUUUAAUUUCUUUUGUAAAUUUUCCGUGUAAAAUUAUAACAAGAAACCAGCUAAUCUAAACAACGCAAGCAAAGACCACUGAACUGCAGUAACUUUGUGUGUAAAUAUAUUAAAGAAAAUAUAAAAUAAAAGAAAAAUAAUCAUUGUGAUAUUAAAAAUUAAAAAAAAGCUUGAAAAAAGAAAGAAAGGAAAAAAAGUUACUAGAAAUAUCUAAAUAAGUGUACAUAAGCGAAGUGAGAAGAAAAUUGUCAACAAAAAAUAAUUAUUAAAGGAAAUAAUAAUAAAAAUUUCUCAGCUAUUCAGUGAAUGUAUGAAGAUGUUUAAAAUGUGUUGAUUAAGGAGUUUAAAGCUGUUAAUUUUCUGCGAAGUUGAUUUUCUUAUGAUUUAACGCAACAAAGGAAAAAAGAAAAAAAACUCAUUUUCUGCGUCGUAAAUUAUUUUUCGUUUGGUUCUUCAUCAUCAAUUACAACAGCCGACUGCCAGCUAAAAAAAAGAUUAAAAAAAAUCAGUAGAAGUCAUUCUCAGUGAAAAUAAAUCAAUGUUCAGUAGAAGCUUGAAAGUGAAAAGAAAGUUUUUGUAAUCGUGUUUCUUUGGGUGAAUAAAAAAAUCUUCUGACGAAAUCAUAAGAAAUGAUGACAUCGUCGGAAUGAAAUGGAAGCAGCAAUUCGGUCAGUUCAGGUUGGCUCCGGCCAACAGGCUUCCUCACAGCAGCCACAGUCCGAGAUAUCUGGUUCACGAGGCCAAGCAACAACUGGUCCACCCCAUCCGCUACCACCACACUCAAUGCCAUACAAUCAGCCACGUGGUGGCGCUGGUGGAAUUAGCGAAGUUCAUAGAUCUUCUGCAACAAAUUCAAAUUCACCAUAUCCGCAGUAUCAUCCAAUGUCGUACGAUCCAUCGAGAGGGAGAGUUCGACCACAAACAACAUUCAGCACUGCACCUACAACAGGAAAAUCGAGCUAUAGUUGGCAACCGACAAACACUCAGUAUGAAUAUUCGCCACGAACAUCUUUGCAUCAGCCGACACUUGGAACAGUGCCGAGUAGUUUUGUUAACGCUAGCUUUCAUGCAGGCUUUCCUCGUGUUUCAAUUCCCCAACCACAGCAGCAGCAACCUCCCACACAAAACCAACAAUCAGUGCCGAAUGCUCCAACACACACUCAGCUGUUGGGAAGUGAAUAUAUUACGUCUUCGUCAAGUAUUCGCGAUAGUGCUAGUGCUGCACGUCUUCAGACACAACAGCAACAAGGGCAACGUCAAUCUCAAACCCAACAAACAGCUCCACCUGAUCCAGGAGGACAACAACAGCAAAUGCAACAACAAUCAACACAACAGCCAGCAUAUAAAAAGAUACGACUUGGUGAACCUUACCACCAGCAGCCACAAACGAACAGUCUCCAUCACCCAGCUGCAACUCCAAUGCCUGUACGUUUGCAUCAUCAUUCAUCUUCAAAUAUUCAACCGAAUAAUAAUCCAGUUGUCGUUCAUGUGGCACCGCCACUACAAAGACAACUGCCAAAUCCGACAUCUGGUGCAACCGCUGAUAUUCAAUAUCAACCACAACAAAAGCCACAAACACAGCAGCAGCAACAACAACAGCAAGUUCAUCAUGUUCCAAAUGCUGCGUCACCUCAAGCACAACCACAAAACACAACAAAUUCUAGUACGAAAAUUCCAAUCGGAGCAGUUUUGAAAAUUGAUACACGAGAUCCACCAAAUGCAAGCAGUGGUGGCAGUGGUGGGGGUGGUUAUCAUCCAAAGACAGAAGCGAUAUCACCAGCUGGAUCCCCAAAAUUAACAAAAGAUGAUUUACUGACACAAAUUAGUAGUGUUGAUUCAAGUAUGAUGGCUUUAGAGGAAAGAAAAAGAAUUCUAAAAGAGAAGGAACGAGUUUUAAUGGAGCAGAAGGAAGAUGGAACAUCAGUGGAGGUUCCUGAGCAACCAACAUUUCGUCAUCGAACACUUGCGCAGCAAAUUUAUGCUGAGAAUAAAAAGAAAGCUUCAGAGAAUCAUGCUGUGCUUACUGCUCUUAACUUUAAGGGACAAACCUCUGAUUUGCCGCUUUAUAAUCAACCCAGCGAUGCCGAAGUGUGCCGAAAGAUUCAUGAACACUAUUUGACAUUUCGCUCGAGUCUUUUAUUGCAUUUGAGAAAAAUAAAGUCUGAACGUGCUCAACGAAGCCAGGAAUUAGCUGAUAAAUAUUCAAAACUUUCGGCUGAUUGGCAAAAGCGUGUUGAGAAGGUGGAAGCGAGUGCUAAGCGCAAAGCGCGAGAAGCUCGUAAUCGGGAAUUAUUUGAGAAAGUUUUUGUUGAGUUAAGAAAGCAGCGUGAAGAUAAAGAAAGAUUUAAUCGUGUUGGAUCGCGUGUGAAAUCUGAAGCUGAUUUUGAAGUUAUUGUUGAUGGACUUCAAGAACAGGCACAAGAGGAUAAAAAGAUGCGAUCUUAUGCUGUAAUUCCACCGAUAAUGUUUGAUAAUCGACAACGUCGUUUGGUCUUCCAUAAUGAAAAUGGCUCCAAAGUUGACAUGGAAACAGAACUGAGUGCUUAUAAGACGCUUAAUCUUUGGACGACUGGCGAGAAAGAAGCAUUUCGUGACAAAUAUAUUCAACAAGCGAAAAACUUUGGUUUCAUUGCGAGUCAUCUUGAGAGAAAGAGUCCACAAGAUUGUGUUCGUCAUUACUACCUCAGCAAAAAAGAUGUGAAGUACAAGCAACUGCUUAGAAAAUCUAAUAAACGAACGCGAAGCACGAAGAAUUUGCCGAAAACAAAUGAAAGUCAAUCACUUCUGGAUCUUAUGACGACGGGGGUGACAACACGAUUACAAAGAAAGUCACGCAACACAAGUCGUUCUACAACUUCAUCGUCAGCAACGGCAUCAGCAGCUGAAAGUCAAACAACCAGCAGUAAUCCGAUCUCGACUGUUAGAUCAUCAGUAUCUUCGUCAGUGCCGUUACCUACAGUUACAGUGACAGUGAAUAGUAAUCUGCAAGGUCAGGAAACAGCAAAAGACGAAGUUGAUCCACUUUGUAUCAGAUCAAUGUCAGAGACAACGUCGUCAUCACCAGCACCAAGUGGCACAAAUGCUAGACGUGCAAGUAGUGCUGGAAAUCAAUCAAAUGAUUUCACAUCAACAAAGAUUAAAGUGGAUCCUGAUGGUGAUGCUGUUAUGAAGACUGAUCCCGAUGGUAACAAUUGGUCAUCAUCGUCGUCAUCUUAUCCACCUAACGGGCUCAAUCUAAAGCACGAGGUGAAAUCAGAAGAGAUUAAACAAGAAGAAAAGUCAAGUUCUGAAGAUAUUGUCAUGAAAGACGACAAUGUUCAGAGCAAGGAUGAAAAGAAACUCGACAUUAAGAAGGAAAGCGAAGAUAAAGAAAAUGAAGAUGUCAAAAAUAAGAAUUCUUCGACGAUGGAUGUUAAUGAUGAUGAGUCAAAUGAAGUAGAAGCAAGUAGUGCCAAAAAACGAAAGAUUGAUGAAACUGGAACAGGAGACAAAGAUAAAAAUCAGUUGCUUCAUCCAUGCUUUGUGUGUAAGCAAGAGAACUGCAGCCGAACAAGACCUUUGGAAAACUCCAAAACUCAGCUCCUUUAUGGCAUUCCAGAAGACACAAUCCCAGCUGGUGCACGGGUUUGCAGUAAUUGUCAAAAUAAAUCAACGAAACCGAGAUUCACUAACACGAAUUGUCCACUGCCAACAUGUCCCAAUCCUAAAGAUCGCGUCAAACGUUUCCGAAACUUACCAUCGCGAUUAUUUGAAUUGUCACCUGAAGAACGCGAUCCCAUCAUCAAAGAACUUCAAAUUCCUCCGAAUGUCACAAAAUGUUGCUCUGCAUGUCUGACAAGAAUAAAACGUAAAAUGGGCGCACAUCUACUUGGAACAACGCCGUUGACAGAAGACGAAGUUCAACAGUUUCGAAAGCAACUGCAAGAAAUUGGACCCAAAUGGAAUCAACUUGCUGAACAACUCAACAAAUCAGCGACACUUCUCAAAACAUUCUAUUUCCAUUACAAGAAGAAAUAUGGUUUUGAUCAGGCUGUGAAUGAAUAUUACAAAGUUCAUGCGAAUGAAGAUCGUAGACCAGUGACAGAUGGUGAUGAAUCAGAUGUGAGUGUAACGUCAUCUGAUGACAAUGUUUCAGAUUCAUUAAAAACUGACAAUGAGAAGAAUAAAAGUGAAAAUGUUAAAGUUGAAAGUGGCGGAAGUUUGAAACUUGAACCACCAAAUGUUUUAUCUCAUCACGGUCAAGUACCACCAAUAAAAGACAUCAAAUUGGAGUCAUCGAACAACAGUAAUCAAAGUUCAAUUGAUGAUCGACUUAUACCACCACUCGGACAACCUCCACCACUCUUAAGUAAUCAACAAAUGCAGAAUAUUAACGUCACGGGAAUCCCACGUGAAAGUCACAAUCCAUUGAUCUCAGUUAUGAUGAGAACAAAGAAACAUUCAGAAGAUUAUGACAGUUCAGCAACGGAAACAGCUGAUGAAGAGAAUGAAUCAUCACCAGCGAAUCGUCAAAGUCCUAAGACACCUUCAGUGUUUACUGGAAAGACAUUGAAUCCAGCAACAACAAUCUCAAUGGUUCCACAAUUGACAACACAACAACAACAGCAGCAGCAGCAACAAAACGGCCCACCAUCAAAUGUUCGUGAUGCUAUGCUUGACUUCAUUGAAAGGUCGUUGAAGAAUGCAACAGUUCCACCAAAACCUUCACAAGUUCCACCUUUGAAGCCGAACCCACCGGUGACCAUUCAACCACCAUCAACGCCAGUCGAUAAUAAUCCUGACAUUACAUUUGUUGGUGCUUAUCGACAAGAAGGCGCAAAUAAAAUACAAAUUCAACCACAACGUCGAACAAAUGCUGAAACACUCGCGACACUUUCUAUUGUGAAUUCAAAUUCAAGUGGACAACAAUCGAAUGUUCCAAAUCAGCCACAAAUUAUUGCUGGUCAUCCUUUGAAUAUUUCUUCAAUUGCUGCUACAAUAACACCAGUGCCACCACCACAACAGAAUCAACGACCAUCGUCAAAUCCUAUUCAAGAGAAAGAUAAUGGAACGAUGAAAGUUUUUCCUGGUGGACGUGGCGUGAUGUCGCAACCAUCAAGUAUUGUGAAUCAAUCGGAACCAGAACCGCAAACACUCGAUUUAAGUAUCAAGAAACCUCAACAACAACAACAGCAACAGCCGCAAGAAAGACAAUUUACAUCAUUUGCUAAAGCUGUUCCACCACCACCAAGUGGUUCAGUUUAUCGUGGUGAUCCAUCACUUCAACCACAACCAAACAUUCCAAAUCAAUCCACUUUCCUUGCUUUUCAUCCUGAGAUGAGUCGUCAUCCAUCAAAAUCUCCAAGUACUUAUAUUCCACCUUCAUUGUCACCUGGACAGCGUGUUUUAACAAUGAAUCCACAUUUGCAACAACAACAGCAGCAGCAGCAGCAACAGCAAAUUGUUGGAAAAGGAAAUAAAAAUGCACCGAAAUUGAGUUCACCGAAAGUUCAUCAUCAACAACCGGGACAACAAGGAAAUGUGCAGCAGAUAAAUGGUCCAAAAGGAUCGAUAACGCUUGGUACACCUCUCACUGAUAAUCGUGGUCAACCGAUUAUGAUUCAAGGAACGACAACUCAAAGUCCACGUUAUGAUUAUCCACGUCAAACGCCGCCAUCAGCAAAUGAUAAUAAGUUUGGAUCAAUAACAGCUGGAACACCGAUUCAUUUAAGUGAUAAACGUGUUCAUGACUACAUGAAGAACAGUCGGCAUAGUCCUGCAACAAAUCAACCAAACGUGUCAGUUGCUGGAAGUGGAAAUCCACCACACCCGAGUCAACAACAGUUUACUUCACCCUAUCGACCAUCUCCACAUUCAAGUGAACUCAACUCAACACAAGCCUUGAUCUUUAGUGAUUACUUGACGUCACAACAAAUGCAAGGACAUAAUCAGUCUUCACGUGGUGGAGGUGGUAGUGGCAGUGGUGGAAACACUGUUAACAUAAUUACUGGAGUUGGAGCUCCACCAAGUGGACGAUCUGAGAAGGAAUCACCAUCGCCUCGAAGUAUGGCACAUUCAAACUCACCAGCUGCUAUUUAUUAUGGUGAUAAAGAUCGUGAAAGAGCUGGAAGUGGUCAGCCAAGACCUGAAUAUUUGAGUCGAUCAUCACCAGCUGAUCAUCAUAAUAGUACACCAAGUCCUCAUCGUACUCCACCACCACAACAGAGACAAGGUGUCAUUCAAAGGCAUAAUACCGGUGGAUCAAAGCCUCCAUCUCCAGCGCCUUCACGUCUUACGCAGCAAGGACAUUACGCUCAUCAUUACGUGCAAGGUCACGAUGCAUUCUCUAAUUUAGUUGAUGUUGCAGUUGCACAGCCAUCACUUCCAGUACCGAAUGAUAAUAACAGUCGACGAACUCACAUAACUGUAUCAAGUGCUGAUGGACAACCUCAGUCACUUGCACCACAUCGUGAACGUUAUCAAACUUAUUUACACCCUGCUGAUGUUGCAGCAAUUCAACAACAACAUCAGAUUGAAAUGUUCCGUCGACAACAUCACAAUCGUGAGAUUCAAGAAUAUAAUGAAAGGAAGGAGCGUGAAUUUCAUCAAGAACGUGAGCGAGAAAGAGAACGUGAACGUGAUGAGGCUCAACGUCGAUUAGAUGCUGAUAUGGCGCAGCGAAACUUUGAACGAGAGAGACUCGAACAAGCUCGGCUACCGUACAGUCAAUCGACAUGGCGACCGGGACCAAGCGGUCGAAUGCCUGAAGAAUCGAUUCCGUUUACAGCGCAGUGUUUAAUCAACGCUAUCAUCACAGAGAACAUCUCACGACCACCGGAACCACGCGAACGCUUUGUAAGUAACAGUAUGAGACAAGCGAAUGGCACGAAUUCACGGAUGGAUUCUUUAUGGUUGCAGGCAAAUCGAGAUCAAAUCAGCCGCUUACAAGCUGAAAAUAAUGGAAAUUCUCAUUCACCAAAUGUCAUCAAUGUUGAUGUUGAUUCGAAUGAUCUCUCACGUCAUUCACAAAGUUCUUCAUCAUUGCCACAGAAGAAUAUCAAGUUGAAUGACAUUACAGAUGCUGUCAUCGCUAAAGAUCCCGCUUUUGGUCAUUUGCAACAUCAUCAACCACCACCUGGUGCUUAUUUGCCAUCUGGUCAACAUUUUGUUCGUUAUAGCAACGCAAGUUCUAUUCCAAACAAAACACCACCAUCAGCGCAAAGUCACGCAACACAAUCAAAUCAACCACAACAGCCACAACAAAUUAUUGCAACUGAUCAGUGGAAAUUGAAUCGUCGAUUGCAGCAACAACAACAGAAAGAAGAAAUGGCAAAAGGUGGCAACAAUGGUGGCGGUCCACAAGGUCGUUCAACGCCUGAUGAUCGUCACAUUAUAAGAAUGGCUCAAUCGCCAUCACCACGAACGAAAAUGUCAUACGAACCAGUGUCACCGCCUGAAACAGCUCCACAUUAUUAUCUCCAAUCAAAACCGAUGAUUACAAUUAACGCAAACGAUCAAAGGAAACUUCCACCUGGUGUGGUUCCAACAUCCCAAGAGAAUGCUCCGACUGGUGACGCUACGAUGGUGUUGAAGUUUGUAAAUCAUCGAAUUGCUGAAGCGAUGAGAAAUGAUGACAAAUAUGGUUCGAAUGAGCAUCAUUCUGUUGAUGGAAAAGAUGGACAUUCAAUGAAAUCAUAUGAGAGACCGAGGAGUGGAAGUUCAAUACCUGGAAAUGGAAUUCCUGAGAAUGACAAUGAGAAGUCAUCAAUUGGUAAGCGUGAAUCUCCAUCUGUCUACAUUAGCCACUCAACGAGACCGUCGCCACAACCGAAUCAACCUUUCCAAGCUUCGUCAAUGUCUUUCAUGUAUCCGUACAGCGCUUUGACGAUUCCACCGAGUGGACCAAAUCCCAUCAUCAGUCCUAAAGCAGCUAAUGAAUUGAUUGACAGUAAUCGACAAUCGUCUGGUGCGCAAUCGCAUAUGGAGACACGACAAGUUCUGUCUGAACAAUAUGACGCUCUCAGCGAUGAAGAUUAGCUGACCGUUGUCAGAACAUUAUUAAAAGUGUUCAAUAAAUCCCGAAUUAUGACGUGAAAAAUGUAAAAUCACAACGAGAAUGUUUAAAAUUUAAUUGUUGACAAUGAUAAGACUAAUAUGCUUAACUAGAUUCAUAUUGCAUGAAAGAAGAGAGAAAAGAAAGAAACAUUUGUCAGUCAAGAAUGCAAACACAUUGAGUUGCGAUAAUUCGCAUCUCAAUUUGAAAUAAAACCGAUGGACGCUUCAUUGAAGAAUGAAAAUGAAGAAAUUCCCCCGAAACAAGAAACUUGAAGCUAAACCGCUAAAUGUGUAAAUAUAGUUGGAGAUUUUGUAAAAUGUAUAAAGAAAAAAAACCUUCUGUCGAAAUGUGAUCUUUAAUUAAUUUAAUUUACUAAUUUUUCUUUUCAUCUCCUCCCUUGUUGUUAUCAAGCAACAAAGAUUUGCGAGGAAAAUAAACUUUUUCGCUUCAUUUCGGGGAAAUCUUCGAUAACUUUUCAAGUUUUUUUAUUUUAAAUCUGAUAAUUUUUGUUCUUAUUUUUAUAAAAAGCUCUUGAUUUAAGGUCUUUAGUUGCUAAGUAGUUGAGUCCUGACUUAAGCUUAUAUGUAGAUGGAAUAUGCGACUUUGUCAUUCAAGUCGUCGAAUGGAAUCAAAUGCUAAUGAAAGAAGAGGAAAAAAAGUUUAAUAAGUUGUUUGUUUUUAAGUCUUAAGUCUCUCUCUCACUCUCUCACUCUCUCCCUCUCUCUUUACUUGAUUUUCCCCACAAAAAUACACACAAAUAAAGCGUCGAACUUCAAAUGUAGGUUUCAUAAUGUAAAUUAUGUAUUUGUAUAAUGUUACACGAGAAAACACAAAAAAAUUAAUAAUUCUGCAAAUUUUUUAAAUGUAGCCACAGAGGUUGUAAACGCACACAAUAAGAACCUCAAGGAGUGCUUUGAAAAUUAAAAAUUCUCCUUUUUCAAGCUUGGAGAGUGUGCGGUUGCAUUACGUAGUAAACGUGAGGUUUACUUACGUCGAUCUAAGUACAAUAUGACUUGAAUACGUUAUGUUCCUUAAGUUUGCAACGUAAAACAAUCGUACGUGCAGCCUAAUAUUAUUAAAUUAAACAACAACACAGCUUAAUUACAAUUUGAAGAUUUCUUUAACAUUUUUUAAAGUAAAAUAAAAUCUUAGUUUUCCCUUAAUUUGAAAUAUUCCACCUGCAUUGUAACGUUAUAGAUUUUCUUCAUUUAAAAAUGUUCAAGUCGAGGAAGCAAAAACAUUUUUUUUACCUACAAAACAAAAACUAUAAUCAGAAAAUAAAUUCUCUCGAAACUAUUUAAAACGUUUAUUAACAUGAUGGAAGAAAAAAAAAAGUUGUUAUUAUAAAGAUUAUAAAGAGUAUGAAAUAAAAAAAACUUAGAUAGGCUCCCUACGUAUGAAAAAUAUAAGAAAAAUAAAUAAAUAUUGUAUCUCGCUCGCUCCCCUUAAUCCCCUCAAUCUUAUGCUCCCCCAUAAGCCACCCACUCUCAAACAGCAGAUUACAUCUUAUAAAUAAUUGUUUCUGUGAGUAAUGGUAAUAGAUGAAUAAAAGAAUAAAUAAAUAAAAAAUAUCUUCAUCUCGAUUUGAAGAACUAAAAAAGAUAAAUAAGAGAAGAUAAAGAAAAGCUUAACGAACAAACAAUCCUUUGAUUUUCUACGAUUUUCCUUUAAUUAAAGCGACCUUUCUUUAUUUAAUUCUCUAAGAUUUUUUUUCUUUUCUAAGAGAGAAAAAUGUAUUGUGUAAAAAAGAAAAAUAAUGAAGAAAAAACAAGUGAAAAUUCCGUCUUUGAAAAAUUAAUUACUAAAAUGAAAAAAAAAACUGAUAAAAGUAAAAAAAUCUGAGAUAUUAAUAAAAAAAUUAUGUAAUAAACAU